GCACUCAUCGCACUCAUCCCUGAUUUACGCUCGUGAUGCCAAGUGGGGCACAUCUGCUGUAAAAGCGAAAAAAUCACCGACUAAGAAGCCAAUCCAGUUUGUUUUUUUUUCCACGCAGGGGUUUAGAAGUUGGGAAGCAAUAACUUCCGUCUCAAAUGUGCACGAGUAUGGACGCGGAGUUCAGUUAUUUUUACCACUUUAAAUUAUCAGACCAAAACUGAAAACAGAUCUGGGUCGAAGUUUUUUUUAAAGACUAGAGAUAAUCUUGAAUCUAAAAACAUGGAUCUUUGUGCGCGGAAUGAGACCUCUGCGUCCCCGGCGUGCGUCGGAGCGCAGACUGGAGCCGGUAACGGGAGCCUGGAGACCGCGAACAUCACCUGCUGCAACGUGUCCUCCAUCCUCAUACCUCCGCACGCAAGGCAGAAAGAUGGGGACCACACGCUUCGGAUCAUGCUCUACUCGCUUAUCUUCUUCUUGAGUGUGGUCGGAAACCUGCUGAUCAUUGUGGUGCUGACGGUCAACAAGCGCAUGCGCACCGUCACCAACACCUUCCUGCUGUCGCUCGCCGUCAGCGACCUGAUGAUGGCCGUCUUCUGCAUGCCCUUUACCCUCAUCCCCAGCAUCCUCAAGGACUUCAUCUUUGGAGCAACCAUGUGCAAAAUAGUCUCCUACUUCAUGGGUAUAUCUGUGAGCAUCUCUACCUUUAGCCUGGUUGCCAUAGCCUUAGAGCGCUACAGUGCGAUCUGUAAUCCCCUGAAGUCGCGCGUGUGGCAGACGCGUUCCCACGCCUACAAGGUGAUCGCCGUCACAUGGGCGCUGGCCUUCGUCAUCAUGAUCCCGUAUCCCAUCAUCAGUCACCUGGAGUCUUUUCAGCGUCCGGACAACACCACGGCCCAUCAGUGUCGCCACAAGUGGCCCAUCGCGAAAGCAGAGCAGACCUGGUACAUUCUGCUGCUGCUCGUGCUGUUUGCUAUCCCAGGGGUCGUGAUGAUCGUGGCCUAUGGACUCAUCUCCAGAGAACUCUACAGAGGCAUCCAGUUUGAGAUGGGACACAAGAAAGACUCGACCGAUGUAAAAAACGGCCUGACCUCCAUCGUGUCUACUGGGAGUGAUGAUGGAGACGGUUGCUACGUUAAUGCCGUCCACUCCCCGCACUCCAUGGAGAUGUCCAGCAUGGCGGCGCCAGGCAGGUCAAAGAAGGUCGAGAGGCCGCGCAGCAACACGUCCGAAGCCAAGCUGGAGGCCAAGAAGCGUGUCAUCCGCAUGCUGGUGGUCAUCGUAGUCCUCUUCUUCCUCUGCUGGAUGCCUCUGUACUGCGCCAACACCUGGCGGGCUUUCGACGACCUCUCCGCCAAACACGCCCUCUCGGGGGCGCCCAUCGCUUUCAUCCAUCUGCUGUGCUACACCUCGGCUUGCGUCAACCCCAUCAUAUACUGCUUCAUGAACACGCGUUUCCGCAAAGCUCUGCUCGCCACCUUCUCGUGCUGCUCUGCGCCCUGCCGUCAUCGUCGCCGCCGCGGGUUGCGGGAUAACGAGGAGGAAGUGAUGGCAACAGGAGCGUCCAUAUCCAAGUUCAGUUACACAACGGUCAGCACCAUGGGAACCUGCUGAGGCCAAUGGAUGCUGACAUGAUCCUGGAGAGGCAGUUACUACGGCAACAAGGCUCCCCACAUCCUUCGUCUUUAGGCUGACUCAAAAAGAACAGCGUGGUGGGAGUGGAAUGACAGGCCGUGUAUUGUAGCAGUAUAGAAGCUUCAACCUUAACUGUGAGUAAAUGAUGUAGGGAUGUUUUAAUGAAAUCUUACAGUGUAAAUACCUCCAUAGCUUUAUUGAAAAGAAAAAAAAAACAUAAAAAAAAAACACACAGUAGUAUUGUUGUGGGGUGUGCAUGUGUGUGUGUAUGAGGGACAAAAAAUGACUGAAGUAUAAAUAAAUAAAUAAAUGAAUAAAUAAAUGUUGGGAGAAAUGCAUACAAUAAUGUAUAAAUAAAUGCAUCAAUAAAUAUUUAUAUAUAAAUAAAUGCAACAAUUCAUAUAAAAAUUAAUAUAUAAAUAAAUAUAUUCAUAUAUUUAUUUAUGUAUUUCUGUGUCCAUGUUGUACAAGGAAAAGUAAAUAUGUAAAUUAAGUGGGCCGUCCUAACAUUACUGAAGUAGGAUUGGUCAAUUUUGAAAAGCAGACAGAAGCAAAUUUACACAUAUACUUUUCCUCUUACAACCUGGACACAGAAAUAAAUAGAUGUGUAAAUGUAAAAAUACAGAAAUAAAUUAAUAACUCAUGUGGAAAUGUAUGCAUUGAUACAUAUAUAACUGUAGAAAUACGCUAAUAAAUGAAUAAAUACAUGUAAAAAUAUAUAAAUAGCCUUUUUCAUUAACAAAGUAUAUUUAUUAUUUAUUCAUUGAUGUAUUGUUUUCAGCAUUUAUAUAUUUAUUGAUGCAUUUAUUUAAUUAUUUAUUUAUUUAUACAUUAUUGUAUGCAUUUCUCCCAACAUUUAUUUAUUUAUUAAUUUAUUUAUACUUUAGUCAUUUUUUUGUCCCUCAUAUGUGUGUGGUCUGUUUGUGUGUAUUGAGGAUGUGUGUAAUGGUGGGCUGGGUGAUAUGCAAAGUUAAAACAACCUUGCAGAUAUUAUGUAGCUUAAAAAAAAGGGACACUUGCGAUGUAAUUUGAAAAUGUGUUUUAUAUUUGGCUGUGAGUUUGUUAGUCUGUGUGAAUUAUAGUUAUGCAACUGCCUUGUGUACUAAGUGCCUGUUUCUAAAAUACAAUAUAUGCUACUGCUGAUUAGCCUCAUUCAUCACAGGCACCGAUACGACAGAGAAAUAGUUACAUGAGGGGUUUACAGUAGAAGUGGAUUUUAAAGAUCUUCUCAACAAAUCUUCCUCAGAAAUGGGAAUUUCCAAUUUGGAUUGGAAGUGAUAAAAAAGUGAGUUGCUACUUGUGCAUGUACUACAGUUUGCAUUAAAAAAAACACUUCUUUGGUAUGAACAGCUAAGACAGGAAGCAGUGAAGCCUUGUGUUGUUGUUGCUGUUGUUGUUGU